AUGACACAAACAACAACAACAACAACAACCUCUUCAGAAACAACCACCACGACAACAACCUCAAACUCCUCCACCUCUUCGUCUUCUUCACCACCUUCACAUUCAACCCAAAAACAAACCCCAACAAAGCCCAGAGACGACAACAACAACAACAACAGCAAACACCCAACCUACCAUGGAGUAAGAAAACGCAGCUGGGGAAAAUGGGUGUCUGAAAUUCGAGAGCCUCGCAAAAAAUCACGAAUCUGGCUCGGAACAUUCUCAACACCAGAAGCUGCAGCUAGAGCACACGACGUAGCAGCUUUAACCAUCAAAGGCAAAACCGCAAUUCUCAACUUUCCUAAUAUCUCCAACAUGCUUCCUAUACCUGCCACGUCAGCACCACGUGACAUUCAAGCCGCAGCAACCGCGGCAGCAGCUAUGGUUGACUUUGAUGAACCUGUCGCGCACGUGACCGAUCAAUGUUGUUCUGAAUCUGAUGAGUCUGAACAUGAACAAGAACAAGAACUUAGUCAAAUUGUUGAACUUCCUAAAAUUAACGAAGGUGAAAAUGACUCGGUUGUUGACUCAGCUGGUUCUGAGUUUGUUUUGCUUGAUGACUCGGUGGAUAGUACUAACUGGGUUUAUCAUCAUCCCUUUACUCCCUCAAUCGGUUUUGAAGAUGGAAUUGAAUUCUAUGCUACUUUUUCUGAUGAUUUUUUAUCACCCAUUUGGGAUUAA